AUGCCCAAAUCAUUCCUAAUGAGCGGCAAGAGAAAGAAACUACUGGAGGUUUUGUACAAGGAACAAGAAGUACCAGAGGACGAAUCAGAGACGUCUUCCGUCGACUCCUGUGGCGACAGCGGCGUCGCCGACAGCAUGGCAUGUUCUGACACAUCUACGUCACCUGAACAUCAACGCGACGACAAGGUGUCAUCACCUCUGAACCUGUCCGAGAGGUCAGCAUUCGAGCCGAUUCUAAGAUAUAACACGACCUCCACGCACAGUAAGCUAACACCGGAAGUAGCUUACGGCCAGAUGUACCCCCAUCCAAUGUUCAGAACCCUUCAGAAGACAGACGCUCUUUCGACUCCACCUCUUCAGAUGUACCCAUCACCAGCAUUCGCAAUCUCUCUUCCUCCCUUACCCACUGUGUGUGUUAAAGGAGUCCCUAGUGAUCCGACAUGUCCUUGGACAACUGUUGACACCAGCAUUCCAUUUACAACAUACCUCAUGAACCUUUCAAAGCUUCUUCAGAAAUCGCCCAGAAAUGAAGACAACUCUGAAUCUGAUGACUGCAAAUCUGAAAUAGACUGUACACCUCAAAGAAAUGACAAUAAAAUUAAACAUGACUAUGACGUUCAGAAACUCAGACAACCGGACACCGAAGUAAUGAGUGCCCACAUGCCCGGUGUAGCUUCAGUGAUGAAGCGUGAUCUGACUCCAGAGCAGCACACCCCUUACGGAAGGCUGUACCCAAAGUCGAAUCGACAUUUCCCUUUGGGUGGGGUGACACAUGGGGUGGGUGGACUGCACCCGGCGUUCUUACAGUUGGAGGGACUGCACCAUCGGCGGACCCACACAGACAAACCCCCACCGGUCAAGAAGUACAAAUGUGACACGUGCGGCAAGUCGUUCUCAAGGAGCAACACACUCGUCACUCACAAGCGCAUUCACACAGGUGACAAACCCUUCAAAUGUGAGCAGUGUGGUCGAGCGUUCCGCCAGCCAGGCAAUCUGACACGCCAUCGUUUGACCCAUACGACCUUCAAGCCGUACGUGUGCGCCACGUGCAACAAGGCCUUCAACAGAGCCUCCAACCUUCACACGCACAUGCGCACUCACACUAACUACAAGCCCUUCCUGUGCCCGUACUGCGGGAAGGGAUUCCACCAGAAGAUCGACAUGAAGAUACACUGUUACACACAUACAGGUGAACGGCCUCACAAGUGUGACAUCUGCGGUAAAGGGUUCACUCUGGCCAGUACCCUGACUGCUCAUCGACGCUCGCACGUGCUGGAGAACACACGUGUUAAUACGCAUGCGCGGGAACAAACAGUCAUGUGUCAGUUGUGUGGAGUAAGUUUUCUGCACCAAUCGGACUUGACAACUCACAUUAUGACGUCACACCAGAAUCACAUCCCAGUUCCAGUGUGAGAUGUGGGUUACCAAGACCAACGAAGAGUAACCACUAAUGCGAGAUUCAU